UAACUAUGGCACUGAUCGCCAUCAUGGUGCUGAUCUGUGUGGCUGAUUACACACUAGGUGCGGACUGUAAGGAGCGUCAGCAUUGUUCUCAGUGCAACAUGGAGGGCAAUUGCUUAAAUGGUUGUAACAAGGGCUAUUUUGGAAUGAAAUGCAAGUCGCAAUGUAACAGCAAAUGCAGAUACAAUACAUGUAAACUAGACCCGGGAACAGGUGCAGGCAAGUGUACUGCAGGAUGUGUAGCAGGAUACCAAGGCACAAGUUGUAACAGACCAUGUGACAGUCACGUGGUCAACUGUCGACUGUGUCCAGAUGGAUGUGACGGGGAGUACUGUCAGCUGGGUGAUGCUUGUUUUGCCGGAUGUCGAGAUUCCAGGUACGGAUCAGGAUGCAAGACGUGCCCCAGUAACUGCAGAACCUGCAACAGGAUGACAGGAGUAUGUGACGAGUGUGACCCGACACAUUAUGGAGUCAACUGUGAGAAGACGUGUGAGAACUGUGCAGGAUCCUGUGAGUCUGACUGUGAAUGUGUUCCUGGCUUCUACGGGGACUUCUGUGCCGAGACUUGCAGUAAAACAUGCCGCCCAAAGUCAGCCCACAAGUGUCUUCCUGCUGUGACGUCAGACAGCUGUACAGGUGAAUGUCACAAACACAGCGCCACGUGUCUCCAUGGCUGUGUGGAUGGCUGGUUCGGCCCGAGGUGUUCUUCUCCGUGUAAUCCUGGAUGUCGUCAUCAAAGAUGUAAUGCAGCAGGUUCUUGUGCUGAAGGCUGUGAACUUCAUCAUUUCGGGUCAGCCUGUGAACCUUGUCCUGAGAACUGCGCCAACCGAACAUGUGACUCCAAAAGCGGUUCAUGUGUGGAUGGGUGUAGAAAUGGGUUCUAUGGGGAAUACUGUAAUGAAACAUGUACUUUGUGUCCUCGUGGUGUUUGUGAUCAGAACACCGGUGCUUGUGUUGAGGAUUGCAGUGUCAGCGAAGGCGGAAAUGAGCUUAACUGUACACGGACCUGCUCUCGGCCAGGAUGCUCUACAGGCUAUCGCAACAGCACUCUUCCGAUGUGGCCUCAUAUCAGCAUAACUACUCUGACGGUCGUUCUGGGUGCAGUAGGCUUUUUCCUUCUGGUUGCAAGUACUGUUUGCUGUUUCUGUUUCCGCAAAAACACGUGUGCACAAAGGUCAACUCAAGGUGCAGAACCUGGUACCCAGAACAGUGUAUUAGAGCAGGCAGACCCCAAUUACAUGGACUACCAAGAAUAUCAGAAGUACUGGGAAAUCAGAGAAGAUGAAGCAGAACUGGUCGACGGGAUUCACAAUCAGAACCAAGACGGCACAAGCGAUAUCAGUGAUGACGCACUGCCUGUGUUAGCAGAUUACUUUCCGGGAGAUGUCAAAGUAGGGGCUGGAGAUGUCAACGUAAUGGCUGGAGAUGUCAACGUAAAGGCUGUGGAAGGCGAUGUUGACGCCAAAGGUACCAACAGUGGUCUGAGGGUCAGUUCAGUCUCUGACGACGACCGCUACACACACCUCACGCGGGACGUUCCUGUUGCUGAUCCGAGGAAAGUCUCCUCGUAUAUAUCUCCACUUGAGGACUAA